AUGGAUGCCGGAAAUGAGGUGACAGGGACGGCAGUGACAGGCCACGGGGGCCACAGUGGCCUCUCUAUACCUAAGGCCGCAUUCUUUAUUGUCGGGGAGAUUGCUGGAUCAGGGGUGUUGGCUCUACCCAAGGCUGUAGAAGAUACAGGAUGGAUAGGACUUGUGAUAAUCACAGCCUGUAGUUUGCUGUCUGCGUACACUGGUCACAUCCUGGGUAAAGCAUGGAUCAUUACCUCCCAUAGAUUCAAGGAGUGCCGAGGGCAUGUUCCAGACCCAUAUCCUCUGAUUGGAGAGAAAGCCUACGGAAAGUGGGGCAGACAGAUAGUAAACAUAUCUAUCAACUUCACCUUGUUUGGAGUAGGAACGGUAUUUCUACUGUUGGCUUCGGAGAAUAUUGAAGCCCUUUUCAAGGAUGUUGGCUUUGAUCUUAGUUUUUGUGUAUGGUGUAUCAUAUUGGCUGCAAUUCUGACCCCUGUCACUUGGCUGGGAACACCACAAGAUUUCUGGCAAGUUGCUGUAGGGGCCACUAUAGCAACAGCUAUAGCGUGUGUUGUCCUUAUCACCAAUAUCGGUCUGGAAUCCAAGGAUAAGGUAGACGAACCUGUGAUUCACAAUAAAAUCAAAUUCCUUGAUUUCUUCACCGCAUUUGGAACAAUAGUUUUUGCCUUUGGUGGACAUCCUGCUUUUCCAACUUUUCAAAAUGACAUGAAAAAACAGAAGGAGUUUAAAUGGGCUGUUUUCUUAGGAUAUUUAAUUGUACUGUUGAUGUACUUUCCGGUGUCUACGGCAGGCUAUUUCGUCUAUGGAAAAUCUCUCGAUGACAAUAUCCUCAACACAGUUUGUACAGAUGAUUCACACAUACACUGCAAAAAAAGCAUGACGGUGGCCAUCCAGAUCCUCAUCACUCUUCAUCUUAUGUUUGGUUUUGUAAUCGUGCUGAAUCCAUUCUGUCAACAAGUGGAAUCUGGCCUGUUCAAAGUGAAUUCAACAAAGUUUACUUUGAAGAGGGUACUAGUGAGAACAGGCCUUGUUGCUUUGGUGUUGUUCAUCGCUGAGACUAUUCCACAUUUUGGCGCCAUUUUAUCGCUGGUCGGUGGUUCAACAACAACUCUACUGGCUUAUGUUUGUCCCUCAGUAUUCUACCUCAAACUGUGUCGCACACCACAUGACGAGGAAUUGGUAGAGGCAGAUGGUAAUAUGGCUGUCCGACCAGCAAAGCUUCCUGGAACAGAACCUGAUGGAACAAUAAUCAUUCCUCUGUGGGAAAAGGUCCUGAAUUAUGAGAUAAUAGCGAUUGGACUGACUGCCGGGGUGGCAUCAACUGUCUCAGCAGUGAUUGGAAUCGUCCAACCAGACACAUUCACCGUACCUUGCUAUGCGAAGUAAUAACUUAUAAAUAUUAAAAUGUUGCCACAAAUCAGACCACUCAAAGCACUGAAUCAAUGCUGAAGAAUAAAGUUUUGAUUUUUAAAUACAGAACUAGCAUUGACAAGGGAGAAUCUGACUGAAUGAAGAUGACUAUACUGCUGAAAAGAUCAACUACAUGUAUGACUGAAGAAAUUUAAGCUCAUAAUUGUUCCAAGUAUUGUCAGCUUAAACUAAUUCAUCUUA